AUGUCGUCAAAAACACUUCAUAAUGAACAUAUCAAGAGACCUAUGAACGCAUUCAUGGUUUGGUCGCGAGGACAACGUCGAAAAAUGGCUCAGGAAAAUCCAAAAAUGCACAAUUCUGAAAUUUCCAAAAGAUUGGGAGCUGAGUGGAAACUUCUCAGUGAAAGUGAAAAGCGUCCUUUCAUUGACGAGGCAAAAAGAUUAAGGGCACUGCACAUGAAGGAGCACCCGGAUUACAAGUAUCGUCCACGUCGAAAGCCAAAAUCGCUCGUGAAGAAGGAGAACAAGUUUGGGUUCUCACUUUCACCUUUAACAAUGUCACCAACCGAUUCUCUCAGUUCCAUAUCUCGAGGUCUCUUACCUCCAUUAGCAUCACCUAUGAACCACCCAUUGAUAACCCACGAUGACCUCAAAAUUCCUCGUUUUUUCCCGCCCUUUCCCUAUCCGCUCUACCCAAUUCAACAUAAAUUAGGAGAGGACUUCACUGGAGGAAAACUGGCAGCAGAUUUGGCCUUUCAAGCGAUUUAUGGUUCAGGAGGUUCUUUCUACUCAGGCCAUCAACCAGUAUCCUGGCCUGGUCUCACAAGCCCAACUUGUCUCCAGCCGAACUGUGGAUGUUCAAGUCCAUCUAGGGAUCCAAAAAGGACUUCGUUUCUUCCCGAAAAACCAGAAAACAGACCUUUUCCAAGUCCUGUGAAACCAGAGGAUGAUCGCUUUAAUCUAGACAAUAGAGACAGUGUCAGGAAUGAUGAUUGUUACCGAAAAGUUGAGGAUUGUCCAUCAGAAGAUAAACAGGAGGAGGAAAAAUCAGAGGAUCGGUAUACAUCCUCGCCAGCUGAGAGAUUUGAUAAAUUUCGAUCCCUUUCUUCAGUUUUGACUUCAUUACCUUCUACAACUAAAACAGAGAGUAGCGUCUUCUCUGUCCAAAGUCUCACGGGAAAUACAUCAGCCAGGGGUCACGUUAUAUGA